AUGUUGUUUACUGGAACGUUCUUCUCCUCUAACUCACAGACUAUCAGUCAGAACAUCUCCAGCCUCAGACUCUGCAGACCGACCUGCUGCACACCAACCUGCAGACCAACCUGCUGCAGACCGACCUGCUGCAGACCAACCUGCAGACCGACCUGCUGCAGACCAACCUGCUGCAGACCGACCUGCAGACCGACCUGCUGCAGACCGACCUGCUGCAGACCGACCUGCUGCAGACCAACCUGCUGCAGACCGACCUGCAGACCGACCUGCUGCAGACCGACCUGCUGCAGACCAACCUGCUGCAGACCGACCUGCAGACCGACCUGCAGACUGACCUGCUGCAGACCGACCUGCAGACCGACCUGCUGCAGACCAACCUGCUGCAGACCAACCUGCUGCAGACCAACCUGCUGCAGACCAACCUGCUGCAGACCGACCUGCUGCAGACCGACCUGCUGCAGACCGACCUGCUGCAGACCGACCUGCUGCAGACCGACCUGCUGCAGACCGACCUGCUGCAGACCAACCUGCUGCAGACCGACCUGCUGCAGACCGACCUGCAGACCGACCUGCAGACUGACCUGCUGCAGACCGACCUGCUGCAGACCAACCUGCUGCAGACCAACCUGCAGACCGACCUGCUGCAGACCAACCUGCAGACCGACCUGCAGACCGACCUGCAGACCGACCUGCUGCAGACCAACCUGCAGACCAACCUGCAGACCGACCUGCAGACCGACCUGCUGCAGACCGACCUGCUGCAGACCGACCUGCUGCAGACCAACCACCGACCUGCUGCAGACCAACCUGCAGACCGACCUGCAGACCGACCUGCAGACUGACCUGCAGACCGACCUGCUGCAGACUGACCUGCUGCAGACCGACCUGCUGCAGACCGACCUGCUGCAGACCGACCUGCUGCAGACCGACCUGCAGACCGACCUGCUGCAGACUGACCUGCAGACCAACCUGCUGCAGACCGACCUGCUGCAGACCAACCUGCAGACCAACCUGCUGCAGACCGACCUGCUGCAGACUGACCUGCAGACCGACCUGCUGCAGACCAACCUGCAGACCGACCUGCUGCAGACUGACCUGCUGCAGACCGACCUGCUGCAGACCGACCUGCUGCAGACCGACCUGCAGACCGACCUGCAGACCGACCUGCUGCAGACCGACCUGCUGCAGACCGACCUGCUGCAGACCAACCUGCAGACCGACCUGCUGCAGACCGACCUGCUACCUGCUGCAGACCGACCUCCUGCAGACCUGCUGCAGACUGACCUGCAGACUGACCUGCAGACCGACCUGCUGCAGACUGACCUGCAGACCGACCUGCAGACCGACCUGCUGCAGACCGACCUGCUGCAGACUGACCUGCAGACUGACCUGCAGACCGACCUGCUGCAGACCUGCUGCAGACUGACCUGCAGACCGACCUGCAGACCGACCUGCCGGGUCCCUCUGACCUCUGACCUCUGA